AAUGUCAACGAGGAAAAUCGAACGAGGAUUAUCCGUCGUAAAUAUUUUCAUGAAAAAUGCAUUAAAAUUAAAAUAAACAUGAAGAGAAACACUCACUUAUUCGAUUUGUACUGGGAAGAUAUAAUAGUUACAAAAGUUUUACCUCAUCUCACGAUACGCGAGUGCUUUAAUUUUCGUUGUGUUUCGAGGACUUGCGUACAGAUCAUAAACAUUUAUUUUUCUAAGUUAAAAUCACUUAAACUCAUGAACAAUGGGUUCUCUCCUCAUACAUUUAAUGUGUUUACUGAGAACUGUACUAGAUUGACGGUACUGAAUUUAAGCCGUUGCUCGUCAAUAACGGACUCGGAUUUGAUCCCAAUGCUACGUCAGAACGUCGGACUGACGAAUCUGAACCUCAGUCAGUGCCAAAAUGUGUCUGCCAAGUGUUUGCAGCCUGUGAUCCUAUACUGUGAAAACUUGCAGAUUUUAAAACUGGGCCGAUGUCCGUGGCUUACGACAGGCGCUGUCGAGGCUCUAGCGUUACACCAAAGUAAAUUAGAAGAUGUGGACUUGUCAUACUGUGUGUCAAUUUCAGAGAGUUGUAUACUUAUAUUUAUAAAAAAGUUCAGACUUAUAAAGACUUUGAAUUUGGAAGGCAAUAAACAGGUCAGCGACAAAUGUUUGCUCGCGUUAUCUAAAUACAGUAUGUCAUUGAAGCUUCUCAAUUUAGGAGGGUGUUCUGACAUCUCGGACAAAGGAGUAAGGGCCCUAGCACUUAAUUGUUCCAAGUUAGAGGGUUUACUAGUGCGAGGAUGUACCAAAGUGACGGAGAACAGUCUCAAACUGAUGAGGAACCGUGUUCAUCUGGACCGCAGGCCUGCUGACCCCGUCCCUAUGCCAAUCUACGUCCAAAUCUAAGGUGUUCAUUUUAUAUUGUUUUAGCAAAAACAAUGUUAGAUAUUCCAAUCUGUGAAGAACAUAGAAUUAAAAAAGUAUUAAUUUGUGGUACCUUAAGUAAUUGAUAGGUGGUUAAAGUAAAAGUUUUACUGCUUUGACAGAUAGGUGAAACAUUAUUUGUUUGUUCUUUGGCCUGUCAUAUCAUAAUAAUAUAUAUUAUAUCACCUGAUUGUCCGAAAGUAAGAAGAUUCGUGCUUCGGAAGGCAUGUUAAGCCAUUGGUCCCAGUUACUACUUACUGAUGUAAGUAAGCAGUUGUUACAUGACCCAUGUCAGGGGCCUUUGGCGGCCCAAUAGUAACCUUGACCCCAGGGUUGAUGAGGUUGGUACUCCACCUCACAACCCACACGAUAGAAGAAGAACCCAUGGGGGCCACAUUAGCAGAAUUAAGUCAAGGCAAGAACGCGGCGAUUGUCUCGCUCGCACUCACAGGAUGAGGUGGCACACAAUAAGAACAAAAAAAAAAUAUUUUAUUUUAAUUUUUUCAUUAUUUUGGUAUGGAGUAUCCAGCCUGUGCUUGAUGGCUGCUUGCAAUAAAUCGUGAUAGUGCUACCCACAGAUAUUAACAUAAAAGAUACUGCCAAUUAAUGUAGGUACCUACCUAGAUAUAUCAAUAUUUAUGUGUAAUUCCAAUGUAUUUUAGUAGGCUUCUUUUGUCGUGUAAAUUGCGCCUAUUUAUUAACACGUUGACAGUCCAGUGACCCAUAUAUGGGCCACAAACAAACAACUAAGGGUGGGUGCUCUACUUGGAUCCCGGGUAACUUAGCUAAAGUUUGUAUUACAGUAUGUUUGAUGAAUGCUACUUUGAACCUGUUUGAGGCUUGAAGAGACUGAAGGUUUAGUAAAAAUAUUCAAAUAAUCAAAAAUUGAAGUAAUAUGCGGGACUUACAAUGAAGUCAAAACAUUUUGUAUGGGGACUGUCAACAUGUUACUCUUUUGUGAAAAUGGGAAACAUUUCAAAGCGCACAAGCAUACUGAAAUUUUUAUCCUGUGUUCCAAAUAUUUCAAGCCUAUUUAGAUAGUACUAAAGAGAUAAUACCUCCAUUUUGCGCUAGUAUCUUGUGCAUACUAAAGACUUGUUGAUUAGAAUAUAAGCAAUCUGAGAGUUGUAUUGUUAUAUAGAUUUGAACAUUGUUUUAACUUAUUUAUAAAGAGUAAUUACUAAACUGAAA